CCCACACUGUAUAUAUCCUCCCGUGAGUGUGCAGUGAGGCCCUGCAGCACUCUCACUUCUUCUCAGCUCGACUUGACUGACUAUAUCUGCAAAGAUGACGAACGGUAUGAUCAUCAAGAACAUGUCCUUCAAGGUCGGCCAGACCCUGACCAUUGUUGGAGUCCCCAAGUCUGAUGCUACAAAUUUUGCAGUGAACAUUGGCCCUGAUGAGAAGGAUAUUACUAUGCAUCUCAACGCUCGUUUUAACGCCCAUGGAGACGAGAAUGCGAUGGUUUGCAACUCUUACCAGAACGGCAACUGGUGUGAGGAGCACCGCGAGGGAGGCUUCCCUUUCGUCCAGGGAGAGGAGUUCAAGAUCCUCAUUAAAUUCACCCCGGCAGAGUUUUUGGUGACUUUAUCAGAUGGCUCGGAAGUCCACUUCCCCAAUCGCAUGGGUGCGGAGAAGUACUCGUACAUCAGCUUCGAUGGGGAAGUUCGCGUCACAGGCUUUGAGAUCAAGUAAAACCUCCCAGGAGUUGAAAUUAAGUUUGUCCAGCAUCAGGUCACAUAAAGCCCCAGCUUUUAAGUUCCUGGGAUACCAUGUGGUAUCAGUAGUGCCUUAUAUGUUUCUCGCACGGUGUAUUAUGCAAGAUGUGCAAUUGCAAGAAACCACAGACAGUAUGAUAGAUAAGAUAGACACAUGCAAAGUCAUAAUACUCAGAUGUACACACAGAAACACAUACAGUAAUAGUUGUAGCUGCAUGUCCUUCCUACACACUUGACAGAGUUUACAAGUGGAAAGCAAACCAAACAUAAAAAUAGUCCCAUGUUAUCUUACUGUUAUUUGCUUUGCAGUUUGCAGUGUUUUGUUGAAAAGUACUACAUAACAUGAAGAUCCAAUGUUCUUUAAGGUGCCUUGAAAUGCUGCAUGUUCUCUUGUUUUCCCUCCCAGACAUUCCAGAUGUAUAACUAAGUGUAAUGCUUGCCUUUACAACAUGUAUUAAAGCAUGUCCUUGAUAAACA